UUUGAAUAUUACUCGCCGGCUCGACAUGAAAGCUACCUUGCGCGGACUAACAUGGGAUGCCGCGUUCGGCGCAACUAUCGCGACAAGUGAAUCGGUCGUCCACCAUUCACUUCGCCAGCAGCUAACGGUUCUGGUCCAUAGCUUCGCGCUACCACUCUGCGUGUAACCGAGCAACAUGCGCAAUCUUUCCGGCCAACCCAUCCUUCUACGAGCAUGGUAGACAGUGUCCUGGCAGCGCUGCACAUCCGCCUCCAACAACUGUCGGAGCGGGAGCUGCGACGCCUGGACGAAGAGAACGUGCCCUGGUUACCGCGGCUCGGAACAUUGCCGCUGCAGGUGACCACCCGAGAAAUACUGCGCGCUCUGGAAGCAUCCGUCACCGUGUCUUCAUGCCUACAGCGAGUCGCCUGGCUUUAUUGCUGGCUCAUGCCGAGAGAUAUGACCGGCCCAUGGAUGGUGUACCGCUUCGGUCCCUCGGCGCUACAUGUUGACAGCCUUACGAUUCUAUGGGCCCUGUCCUACGUGCUGCCCUCUGUCGGUCUGCCCACAACGUUCGAUGUGAGACACUUCCAUGGGGCGUUAUACGUCUGCAUGAUAAUGCGUUGUGGCUCGCAUCCGUUCCAGAGGCGCUACGCAGUCACGUUCCUGGUGCUUUGGCAGGAGCAGCGCUUUGUGGUCGCGUAUGCCGAAACGUCCGAGGAUCGGUUUAUACUCGCGAACGCCCUCCAAGUCGCCCUGGAAGGCGCAAGCGUGGAACUACUGAAUGGAAUGUAUCCAGACAUUAACACUGCGUUCAGUGCUGCCCACACAGACCUCGACGGUCCGACAGUAUUUAGAUUGGAUAAGGAUCCAAGCCUUGCAGCACGGUUUGUUUUUACUCCCAAUUCUGACCCACAAGAGCAAACGCUGGACUUAAGUUCGGUCAGACGUGAGCAAGGCCAAGGCCGUUGACAAGAAAGAUGUACGAGUACGUGGGGCGGCUUUCCUUCUAGCUUCGCAGCAGCCAUGGGAAGGCAUUGUCACGGAGCACGAAAACUAUGCCUCACGUGUAGUUGUUGCGAGACUGCAUGCCACGAGGAAAUCCAACAAGGCCUCUGAGUACACUACGUGCAAGAGGUCAGCGAACACACCGCCUUUACGUCCCGAAUGCGAGAGCAACCUCGUCAAGCCUCCAAGCUUAUGUGGAACUAACAGGUCCAGAACUGCACCCGCUUUUGUAUACCGUAUGAAUGGCGUCCACGCUUUGUCAACGUUGGAAUCCUGAGUAGAACGUGACCGUACCUCCAGAGAAGACUGCAUACUGCAAAGCACCUCGAAAGACUCGAAGUGCCAUGAAACAAGGUGUUGGACAUAAUGUCGGUGUUCAUAUUUCUUGCUCCCAGAACAUUUAUUCAGCAGUGCGUACUUCAAAAGCGUCGAUCCGCGCACUUCUGACAAAGCUGACUGAAUCGGCAGCUUCGAACAUUUUGAAACCCGCGCAGUUCUUGACGUGGCCGCAUGUAUAUGCGGCUGAAAUUUAAGACAG